CAUUUACCUCUUGCCCGUAAUUGUUUUUCUAAUUUAAUGGUUGAGUUGUUGUUGAGUGAGCUCAGCCUUCACCAACAGAAGCACAGAAACAAAAGAUUACUGCACGAAUAAAGUCAAAAAGUCUGAAUGGUUUUCACUCUGAUCAAUCUGUGAAGGAAUCGAGGAAGGAAGGAAGCGUGAGGGUUAGGGUAAGGCUAAGGGUUGAGAAGGCAUAGAAAAAGUCAAUUCAAAUGCCGGAAGAGGAUUUGGUUGACAUCAAGUUUAGGUUGUACGAUGGCUCCGAUAUCGGACCCUUCAGGUACUCAUCCGCCGCCACUGUCGAUAUGCUUAAGCAGAGGAUUGUCUCCGAUUGGCCCAAAGGUAAAACGAUCGUACCAAAGUCAGCUAAUGAAGUGAAAUUGAUUAAUUCUGGUCAAAUCUUGGAAAACAACAAGACUGUUGGUCAAUGUAAAGUACUAUUUGGUGAGAUUGCAGGAAGUAUUAUAAUAAUGCAUGUUGUUGUACAGCCAUCUCUCGCAAAAACUAAAGCUGAAAAGAAGGUGGAUGAUUCACCCAAGAAGGCUGUCUGUUCUUGUUCUAUAUUAUGAAGACGGUUUGUGAGUUGGAUUAGCGUAACCUCCUUGGAGAUCAAGAGUUUCUUAUAUGUGAAAGUGUUAUUUUAAUAUAGAUUCCCAAACAUGAUUUUCUUAAAAUUGAAAAUACUUGUUUAUAUAAGAAACUUUUAAUAAUUUAAAGGAAUCCAUGUUUCUGGAAUACAUAUUAAAAUAAUACUUUUGUUAAUAUGAGAAACUUUAGUGAAAGCUGUCCUUGUAUAUACCCUUAUCGAUCAUCAAUGGCAUGAAUUGUAGAAAUCAUCUCUGCCGGAACAGACUCCUUUUUCAGUGUCCUUUGUGUAAAGUACUUAUAUAUUAAGGUUGCGUUUGGAAUGAAUAAUUUAGAAUUGUAAAGAAAUUUAGAUUUUAAGAGAGUCUCGAUUGCUUCAA